AGCGCGCGACGGGGCGCGCCGAGGGGGACCGUGGCUUCCCCGGGGGCCCGGCUGGGGCCGGCGCGCGGGGCCUGGGGCGGCGCUGGCUUGGGCCCCGCCUGGGGCAGGAUGGUCAACCUGGAGCCGGUGCACGCAGCUAUCAAGAUGAGCGGGGAUGUGGCCGAUUCCACUGACGCUCGGGGCUGUGUGCUCAGCCAGGUGGAGACAGGAAGUGACCGGAACGGCCUAGAUUUCAACCGGCAGAUUAAAACUGAGGACCUCAGCGACUCUCUGCAGCAGGCCCUCGCCCACCGGCCAUGCCACUUGGCACAGGGACCUGCCGUGAUGUCGGGGAACCAAAUGCCUGGGGACAUGACCUCCCUGCACCCUCUACAGCAGCUGGUGCUGGUCCCCGGCCAUUUGCAGUCCGUGUCCCAGUUCCUGCUCUCCCAGACCCAGCCAGGACAGCAAGGUCUGCAGCCAAACCUCCUUCCCUUCCCGCAGCAGCAAAGCCUCCUCCUCCCCCCGCAGACGGGGCCCGGCCUGGCGUCCCAGGCAGCUGCACGGCCCGGGCUGCCGGGGCCCACUUUAGAACCCCAUCUGGAAGCACCCCAGCAUCUCCCUGGGCCCAAGCACCUCCCCGGCGCGGGGGGUGCCGAUGAGCCCAGUGACCUGGAGGAGCUGGAGAAGUUCGCCAAGACUUUCAAGCAGAGACGCAUUAAGCUGGGCUUCACCCAGGGAGACGUGGGGCUGGCCAUGGGGAAGCUCUAUGGCAACGACUUCAGUCAGACGACCAUCUCAAGGUUUGAGGCCUUGAACCUGAGCUUCAAGAACAUGUGCAAGCUGAAGCCGCUGCUGGAGAAGUGGCUCACGGACGCCGAGUCCUCCCCCUCGGACCCCUCUGUCAGCUCCCCCAGCUCCUACCCUACCCUCAGCGAAGUGUUCGGGAGGAAACGGAAGAAACGGACCAGCAUUGAGACCAACAUCCGCCUGACCCUGGAGAAGAGAUUUCAGGACAACCCCAAGCCCAGCUCCGAGGAGAUCUCUCUGAUCGCAGAGCAGCUGUCCAUGGAGAAGGAGGUGGUGCGGGUCUGGUUCUGCAACCGGCGCCAGAAGGAGAAGCGGAUCAACUGCCCAGCGGCCCCGCCCCUCAAGGCCCCCAUCUACAACUCCCGCCUGGUCUCUCCCUCGGGCUCGCUGGGUGCCCUCCCCGUCCCUCCGGUUCACAGCGCCCUGCCUGGAACAGUCACGUCAUCCUGUUCCCCUGGGAACCACAGCAGGCCCUCGUCGCCCGGACUGCCCGCCAGCAGCCCCCCGGCCUCGCAGAGCACCCCCAAGGCAGCCCUGAGCUCACCCUCCAGUUUUAACUCUUCAGGAUCUUGGUACCGAUGGAAUCAUCCCACCUACCUCCACUAAGACCAAAGCAGUUUCUGCCGUGGCGCCCGGGCCCACGUGCCCCCGGAAGGGAGGGCGCCCGCCUGCUGUGUAUGGACAGAUCAUGUUCUGAGGAGUGGGCGUGAACCCCCACUCUCAGCGAACACAACACUUGCCUUCUUCAGGAACGAGGGCCCCAGGAGAGCCGAGCUGUGACAGAACCACCGCGCUCAGAGGCCCCAGUGCUCUGGACAACCAUCCUCAAUCUUCCCCGCCUCAGCCCUUCCCUUCUCCUCCUCAGAGUCUCUCCCUGAGGCAGAUCUUUCCUGAGAAAGGAUUUCCUGCACUUAUCUUCCACAAAUCCGUGGGCUUUCUGGGGACAGCCCUAGGUUUGGGGUGCCGAACCUCCAGGAGGCGGGGAUGAUGGUAUUGACUCUGAACUUAGCUGUGUCCUCUGAACUGAUCCUAAACUCUGUGAAAAGCUCUCCGUUGACGCCUCCACCAAAGCCUCAUUGUCUCUGUCCUGUUCAGCCCAGUUUUCUGACUGGAAGUUCCUUUCAGCCUGUUUCCUCGCUCUAGCCCAGUCCCCCUUUCCAGAGCAAGUCCUUUCACGGUUCUGUCUUCUGAAUCGCCGCCUCUGCUCAGGAGUCUCAUCCCUCCUCCGUGUCCCCAACGCCCCUCUGUCGCUGCUGGACCUUUUCUGCUGCUCCCUGAACACUUGUAUAUAAUCCCUUCUGGUUUUUGCAUAAUGUUCUUCUCGCCUUCCUCUGGAAUUUUCCAGUGAUAUGUUUAACUCAGGUGUGACUAAGACGUCUCUGUCCAUAUUUCUCUUCUUUUAAAUGAAAAAGGAAGGAAAGCAAAACAAAAAACCAAAGUGUGAGAAACUGCUUGUGCUUGCGGCCGUGAGGGCUUCCACAUGUGCUGGGAAAUGUCGCUGAUUUCCUCG